GGCGCGGCCGCCCGCGGGAGCAUCCUCCGCCGCCCGUCCCCGGGGCGCCGGGCAGCACCCCCACCCCCCCCCCCCGCCCCGGGCAGAUGUUGGGGCGCGGAGGGGGCAGGCAGAGCCGCUAAGGCGGCCCGCCCCGCGGGUGGGGGCCAGCACCGGGGGCCGCCCCGCCGGCCUCCCUGCCCGCGGCUCGCCCGGCUCGGGCCCCCGGAGGCACGGCGAGGAGGAGCUACGGAGCCCGCAGACGGCAGGGCAGGGCGAGGGGGGCGGCCCGGCCCCGGUGGGGGGCGAGGCAGCGGCUCGCCCGGCCAUGCCACCCCGGCGCUGAAGCCGCCCUGCCGCAGCCCCCAGCCCCCCGGCCCCGCCAUGGCCGCGCCCCUCUAGGCGCCCCACCGGCUCGCCCCGCGUCGCCCCGGCUCCCCCCGGGGCCGCCGGCCGGAGGAUGGACGAGGAUGGACCGCGAGCGGCCGAGGAGGAGCCGGAGUCGGGCAGAGCCAAGACUUUCAUCCGCCUUAAUGACCUGUCCGGGGCCGGGGGCCGCCCGGGGCCGGGGGACAGGGAGGCGGGCAGCGGCGACUCGGAGGCGGAGGCGCUGCCCUACCCGGCGCUGGCCCCCGUCGUUUUCUUCUACCUGAGCCAGGAGAGCCGGCCGCGGAGCUGGUGCCUCCGGCUGGUCUGUAACCCGUGGUUUGAGAGGGUGAGCAUGCUGGUGAUCCUGCUCAACUGCGUGACGCUGGGCAUGUUCCACCCCUGCGAGGACAUCGCCUGCGACUCGCCGCGCUGCAGGAUCCUCCAGAGCUUCGACGAUUUCAUCUUUGCCUUCUUCGCCGUGGAAAUGAUUGUCAAGAUGAUCGCGCUGGGGAUUUUUGGGAAGAAAUGCUACUUGGGAGACACAUGGAACCGCCUGGACUUCUUCAUCGUCAUCGCGGGGAUGCUGGAGUACUCCCUGGACCUGCAGAACGUCAGCUUCUCAGCGGUCCGCACUGUCCGUGUCCUGCGGCCGCUCAGGGCCAUUAACAGGGUCCCCAGUAUGCGCAUCCUGGUGACGCUUCUUUUGGACACGCUGCCCAUGCUGGGGAACGUCCUUCUCCUCUGUUUCUUUGUCUUCUUCAUCUUCGGCAUCGUGGGAGUCCAGCUGUGGGCAGGUUUGCUCAGGAACCGCUGCUUCCUCCCCGAGAACUUCAGCAUCCCCUACAUGGUGGAUUUGGAGCGAUACUACCAGACGGAGAAUGAAGACGAGAACCCUUUCAUCUGCUCCCAGCCCCGGGAGAACGGGAUGCGCUACUGCCGGAGCAUCCCAACACGGAGGGAAGAGGGUCUUGAGUGCACCCUGGAUUAUUAUUCCUACAAUGACACCACCAACACGUCUUGUGUCAAUUGGAACCAGUAUUACACCAACUGCUCUGCUGGGGAGCACAACCCCUUCAAGGGAGCCAUCAACUUCGAUAACAUCGGCUACGCCUGGAUCGCGAUAUUUCAGGUCAUCACCCUGGAAGGCUGGGUGGACAUCAUGUACUUUGUCAUGGAUGCACACUCCUUCUACAACUUCAUCUACUUCAUCCUCCUGAUCAUUGUGGGCUCCUUCUUCAUGAUCAACCUCUGCCUGGUGGUGAUAGCGACGCAGUUCUCCGAGACGAAGCAGCGUGAGAGCCAGCUGAUGAAGGAGCAACGCGUUCGCUACCUGUCCAACGCCAGCACCCUUGCCAGCUUUUCAGAGCCGGGCAGCUGCUAUGAUGAACUCCUCAAGUACCUGGUUUACAUUGCCCGUAAAGGCAGCAAGCAGCUCGUGGAGGUGUACCGGGUGGCGGGCGUGAGGAUGGGCUUCCUCACCAGCCCCACGAGCAAGGCGGGAGCUGACCGGCAUGCCGGGAAGCGCAGGAGCAGGAAGAGGUCCUCCGUGCACCACCUCAUCCACCACCAUCACCACCACCACCACCACUAUCACCUGGGCAAUGGGAACCUGCGGGCACCCCGUGCCAGCCCGGAGAUCAGCGAUGUGGAGACCAGCUCACUGCACAAUGGGACCAACCGACUGAUGCUCCCUCCCUUGGCAUCGAACCCCCACGGGGCCCCCAGCGCCACUCCCAGCAACACCGAGUCCGUCCACAGCAUCUACCACGCCGACUGCCACUUUGAGCCGGUGCGCUGCCGGUCAUCCCUCCCGCAGCCGGGCCUCGGCUUACCGAGCCCGGAGGGUGUCCCCAAGAACAUCGUGGGCAGCAAGGUGUACCCCACGGUGCACCCCAGUACCUCCCACGAGAUGCUGAAAGAGAAGAACCUGGGGGAGGCGGCGGUCGGUGCCGGGAGCAGCACCUUGACAAGCCUCAACAUCCCGCCCGGGCCAUACAGCACCAUGCACAAGCUGCUGGAGACCCAGAGCACGGGGUUCUUUUCAGUCCAUGUUACGGAGAAAGGCGAUGGCUUUCCAGGUCCCUGCCAAAGCUCCUGCAAGAUCUCCAGCCCCUGCAGCAAGCUGGACGGCGGCUCCUGCAACCCCGAGAGCUGCCCUUACUGCCUCAAGGCACUGGCGAGCGAGGCCGAGCUGUCGGACAACGAGACGGCCGACUCAGACAGCGAGGGGGUCUACGAAUUCACGCAGGACGCCCACUACAGUGACCAGCGGGACCCGCAGCGGGGCAGAGCCCGGGCCAGGAGAGUGAGCCGGGUGCUGGCCUUCUGGUACGUGGUGUGCGAGACCUUCCGGAAGAUCGUGGACAGCAAAUAUUUUGGCCGUGGGAUCAUGGUGGCCAUUCUCAUCAACACGCUCAGCAUGGGGAUCGAGUACCACGAGCAGCCGGAGGAGCUUACCAACGCCCUGGAGAUCAGCAACAUAGUCUUCACAAGCCUCUUUGCCCUGGAGAUGCUGUUGAAAGUCCUCGUUUACGGUCCUUUUGGCUACAUUAAGAAUCCAUACAACAUCUUUGAUGGGAUCAUCGUGGUGAUUAGCGUGUGGGAGAUAGUGGGCCAGCAAGGCGGGGGGCUCUCGGUCCUGCGGACCUUUCGGCUCAUGCGAGUUUUGAAGCUGGUCCGCUUCAUGCCAGCCCUCCAGCGCCAGCUUGUAGUCCUCAUGAAGACCAUGGACAACGUGGCCACAUUCUGCAUGUUGCUGAUGCUCUUCAUCUUCAUCUUUAGCAUCCUGGGGAUGCACCUCUUCGGCUGUAAGUUUGCUUCAGAGCGAGACGGCGACACGCUGCCUGACAGGAAGAACUUCGACUCCUUGCUCUGGGCCAUCGUCACUGUUUUCCAGAUUUUGACCCAGGAAGACUGGAACAAGGUCCUUUACAACGGCAUGGCGUCGACCUCCUCCUGGGCUGCUCUCUACUUCAUCGCUCUCAUGACGUUUGGGAAUUACGUUCUCUUUAACCUGCUGGUGGCCAUCCUGGUGGAGGGUUUCCAGACGGAGGAGAUCUCCAAGCGAGAAGACGCGAGUGGGCAGUUAAGCUGUAUUCAGCUGCCUGUCGACUCGUCGGGGGGUGAUGCUUCCAAGUCUGAUUCCGAGGGGGAUCUCUUCCCCCGUAGCCUGGAAGAGGAGGGAGGACUUAAGAAAAACUUGUCGAAUCCAGCCUUGAUGGCCUUGAGCGACCACCCGGAGCUGAAGAAGAGCCUGACCCCGCCGCUCAUCAUACACACCGCUGCCACGCCGAUGCCCAUGCCCAAGAGCGCCAUGUUCGGAGAUGCAGCGCAGGGCUACGAGUCCCGCCGGGCCAGCGGCGUCUCCGUGGACCCCGCCACCUACGAGCUCAAGUCCCCGCCCAGCACCCGCAGCUCCCCGCACAGCCCCUGGAGCGCCGGCAGCAGCUGGAACAGCCGCCGCUCCAGCUGGAACAGCAUCGGCCGGGCCCCCAGCCUCAAGCGUCGGGGUCAGAGCGGCGAGCGCAGAUCCCUCCUCUCCGGAGAGGGGAAGGAGAGCUCGGAGGAAGGGGAAAGCUCCGAUGAGGAGCACUCCAGCCGGGCCGGCAGCUUCAACGGCUCUUUGCCUCAUCGCAUGGAGUCGCUGGAAACAAAAGGCUCCUUUGACCUCCAGGAUACGCUGCAGGUGCCUUCCCUGUACCGGACCAGCAGCAUGCACAGCAGCCGCUCCGAGCACCAGGACUGCAACGGGAAGACCUCUCCGGGUCUGCUGCUGCACCAGCUCCACUUGGAUGAUCCCCGACAGGACUGCGAUGACUGCGACGAUGAAGGCAACAUGAGCAAAAGGGACCGUCUGAAGGCGUGGGUACGGGCACGGCUCCCCACCUGCUGCAAAGAGAGGGACUCCUGGUCCAUCUACAUCUUCGCCCCUCACUCAAGAUUCCGUCUGAUGUGCAAUAAAAUCAUCACACACAAGAUGUUUGAUCAUAUCGUCUUGGUGAUCAUUUUCCUGAACUGCAUUACCAUUGCCAUGGAACGACCCAAAAUCGAGCCUCACAGUGCUGAACGGAUUUUCCUAACACUCUCCAACUACAUCUUUACAGUUAUCUUCCUGACUGAGAUGACAGUUAAGGUGGUAGCACUAGGCUUGUGUUUUGGGGAGAAAGCCUACUUGAAAAGCAGCUGGAACGUGCUGGAUGGAGUGCUGGUUCUCAUCUCUGUCAUCGACAUCCUGGUCUCGAUGGUGUCAGACAGUGGCACGAAAAUCCUGGGGAUGCUACGGGUUUUGAGACUGCUGAGGACGCUGCGGCCUUUAAGGGUCAUUAGUCGAGCCCAAGGACUGAAGCUGGUGGUGGAGACUCUCAUGUCAUCCCUGAAGCCCAUUGGGAACAUCGUGGUCAUCUGCUGUGCCUUUUUCAUAAUCUUUGGGAUCCUGGGAGUUCAGCUUUUCAAAGGCAAGUUUUUUGUCUGCCAGGGGGAGGACACCAGAAACAUCACAAAUAAAUCGGAUUGUACAGAAGCAAGCUACAAAUGGGUCCGGCACAAGUAUAAUUUUGAUAAUCUCGGCCAGGCCCUGAUGUCUCUUUUUGUUCUGGCCUCCAAGGACGGGUGGGUGGAUAUCAUGUACGAUGGCUUAGAUGCCGUGGGAGUGGACCAGCAGCCAGUCAUGAACUACAACCCGUGGAUGCUCCUCUACUUCAUCUCCUUCCUGCUGAUUGUGGCCUUCUUUGUCCUCAACAUGUUCGUGGGGGUGGUGGUGGAGAAUUUCCACAAGUGUCGGCAGCACCAGGAAGAGGAAGAAGCCAAGAGGCGGGAGGAGAAGAGGCUUCGCCGGCUGGAGAAAAAGAGAAGGAAUCUAAUGCUGGAUGAUGUAUUAAUGGAGAGCUCAGCCAGUGCAGUGCAAGAAGCACAGUGUAAGCCCUACUAUUCGGAUUACUCCCGCUUCCGCCUCCUGAUCCACCAGAUGUGCACCAGCCACUACCUGGAUUUGUUCAUCACCGGAGUGAUCGGCCUCAACGUGAUCACAAUGGCCAUGGAGCACUACCAGCAGCCGAAGGUUCUUGAUGAAGCCCUGAAGAUUUGCAAUUACAUCUUCACCGUUAUCUUUGUCCUGGAGUCUGUUUUCAAGCUUAUCGCCUUUGGGUUCCGUCGCUUCUUCCAAGACAGAUGGAACCAAUUAGAUCUGGCAAUCGUGCUGCUGUCUAUCAUGGGCAUCACUUUGGAAGAGAUCGAGGUGAACGCUUCGCUACCAAUUAACCCCACUAUUAUCCGAAUCAUGAGGGUUCUCAGGAUUGCUCGAGUGUUGAAGUUGCUGAAGAUGGCUGUAGGGAUGAGAGCCCUGUUGGACACCGUGAUGCAAGCGCUGCCACAGGUGGGGAAUCUGGGUCUUCUCUUCAUGUUGUUGUUUUUCAUAUUUGCAGCUCUUGGGGUGGAGCUCUUUGGAGACCUCGAAUGUGACGACACGCACCCCUGCGAGGGGCUGGGACGGCACGCCACCUUCAGAAACUUUGGGAUGGCCUUCCUGACUCUUUUCCGAGUAUCCACGGGAGACAACUGGAACGGGAUAAUGAAGGACACGCUGCGAGACUGUGACCAGGAGUCCACCUGCUACAACACUGUCAUUUCACCCAUCUACUUCGUCUCCUUCGUGCUCACGGCCCAGUUUGUUCUGGUGAACGUGGUGAUCGCCGUGCUCAUGAAGCACUUGGAGGAGAGCAACAAGGAGGCUAAGGAAGAGGCAGAGCUCGAAGCAGAACUGGAGAUGGAAAUGAAGACAAUCACCCCCAGCCAACACAGCCCCUCGGACAUCUUUGCGUGGACAGGCAGUGUCGGUGGAGAGAGACCCGAGAGCCCCCGAGGAUGUACCAAUCCCAUGCAAAUCAAGGAAAGGCACUUGUUUGAUACCAUAUCACUGCUGAUCCAGGAAUCUCUGGAAGGAGAGCUGAAGCUGAUGGACAACCUGUCAGGCUCUGUGUGCCAUCAUUAUGCCCUCCCAGCUCCCGAAUAUUACAACUCUGAGAACCAGGCUGAUCUCCGCUCCAAAGACGACACACUGACCCUGUCUCCCAGCAAGGACUUGCUGAGCGUGAGAAAGCCUUCGGUGGGACGCACCCACUCUUUGCCAAAUGACAGCUACAUGUUCCAGCCGCCGUACUCCAGCCCCUGCCCUGCCUCCCUGGGCGAGAGGAACCCGGCACAUCACAAGUUGCAGUCAGGUUCAAAGGCAUCGGUGCAAUCGCAGCCGGCGGACACCAGCUCUCUCCUGCAAAUUCCAAAAGACCAUUUUCACCACAUAAGAGCUCGUGACCAUUUGGUGAGGGAGAGCAAAUCCCCGGUUUUGCAGCAGGUGCACUCUCCUUCUGCUGAAAGGCUGCUCCGCAGACAGAUGGCUAUAAGGAACGACUCUUUGGAUAGCAAGGAGAAUCUCCACACCGAGGUGAGUGAACUCUCUGACCCAAAUGUCCCCGCUGUGCCCAAGGAGGAGUCACCAAUGGCUCUGACGCCCUCAGAAGCGCAGGACUUGGCUGCAUGGAGCCGGGCGAGCGUUCAUACACAGCAGCAUUCCCACGAUCAGUAUAAUAUUUCAAAGCAGGCACCAGCAUCGUGUGCUUGUGCAGACUCGUAUCAGGAGACACCUGGAGAUUCAAUGGACCAAGAAGUAUCUGAAAUAAACAGCUCCUCGGAGCCUUUCACUUCAGAAACUUGUACAGCCUCGAGUGCCUGUUCAGAGGUUCAGCCUCUCUCUCCUAAGAGGAACAUAGGCAAUACCGGCAAUGUUACACUGAAGGACCUGAAGAAAUACCACAGUGUAGACACCCAGGGUCUUCUAAAAAAACCGCCCUCUUGGUUAGAUGAUCAAAGGAGACAUUCGAUAGAAAUUUGUUCGAUGGAAAACAGCCCUCAGCACCAUUCCACAUCUAGCUCUUCUGGCUUCAUAAGUCAGGUGGUAAGUGAAAUGGAAGGCUUGCAAGGAACACGGCAGAAGAAAAAACUGAGCCCUCCAUGUAUAUCUAUAGAUCCACCUGAUGGACAGAGUUUGCUACCUAGAGGACCUCACAGCAUCUCACCUGCCAGUGGAGACAUUUGCUUGAGACGGCGUGCUCCAUCUUGUGAGUCCAAGGAUUCGAUGGAUAUAGGGGAUUCGUUGCUUCCAGACAGUAUGUCAACAUCUCCUACCCCAAAGAAAGACUUGUUGACACUUCCUAGCUUUUCCUUUGAUCAAACGGAAAUGGACCCCUGAGUUACUUUUCUGUUGGUGCCAAAUGUUUUCUUCCUUUCAUGUAAUAGAAAAAAAAAAGAAAAAAAAAAAUUAAAAAACUCUGUAUUCCAAAAUGGCACUGGGUAAAAAAUUUCCAAAGAAAGAUUAAAGAACCAGCUGGUUAAAAGAGUGGUUAACCUAUAUCACGCUUACUUAAGCAUAUGUUCUGCUUAGGUAAAAGCAAUACAAUGUGCAGAAUCUAUAUGUAUAUUAUAUUUUAUUAAAUUAAUUGAAUCUAGUAUUGCGGGAUGUAGUACAUUUUGUGACUAAAGACUCGUUUAAUUUUCUUCUAUUUUAUGUAUCUCAGAAUAUUUCUGAGAUGAAGUUGGUUUUUAUGAAUAUUUUAACCUAAAAAUAUAUAUUUAAUCCCUUCUCUUUUUUGUUUUGUUUUGUUUGGGUUUCAUUUUGUUUUGCAAAGCACAAAAUGUAGCCAAUUAGUGCAUUACAGAGGAAACGUAUCCCACAGUCAGCAGUAAAUAAGGAUUAUUUAAUGUAAUUUAUUUUUCCCCUUGGACUUCAAUGAUAUUCUGGGAAAAAGAUUGUUUGGGUAGUAUAGAAAUGCAGUGGCAGUUUUUUAACAAAAUAAUAUUCCAACCUUGCAUAAAAUCGACAUCCGUUGUGAAAGCAGGUGCACAAACCCAGGAAGGUACCACGUGCUGAUAGAUGUCUGGGGAUGGUGACCGCAGAGCCGUGUAACUGCACACAAUACUGAAUUACCAAAGGGUAUUGCAGAUCACCCACUGGUGACUCACAAAAUCAUGUCAAUGGCUAAUUUUCAUAUGUGCCUAGGAAACUGAGGCAAGAAAAGCCUGUGGGCACUUCUGAGAUGUUUUUCCAGUGUUCUCCGAGACAGACUGUUUCUUUUGCUGAGGUUUAUACCUCUGUAAAACCGCUGUUUGCAGCGGAGCCGCUCCUUUCUGCACUGUGCGAAAAGAUGAGCAAGGCCACGCUUCAGAUUUGCGGUGGGUGAAUUCAGUGCAGACGUGACACAGCAGUGGGCUUAAGCACACGUUUAAAGUUAAGCUCUUGCUUAAACUGCUUUGAGGUGGGUCGUAUUGAAGUAAUUCUUGAAAAUUAAAAUCAUAUGCUUAUGUGUUUGACAGAAUCGAGGCCUACUGCAAGUUCUUUUACAGAAUAUAUGUAAGAAAGUCGGUAGAUACUGAAAAGUCUGUUGAUUUUCCGGUUAGAAAGUCAGGUUUUUUGCUGUCACUGCUAGAGUUAAUUCACAUGACCCUGACUGUAAUUUUAUUUCCAAUCUAUCAAAAGCCUUAAGCAGCAACAUCAUGAUAAAAAGUAGAUAAAAACGGAAUUCAUGUCCUUACUUUGUAACAUGUCCUUAAUGUCAGUCAUCUCAGAAAUUAACUGUUUACUUCUGUGCUAACGCCCUCUGCAAAAAGCAGUCUGUAAAACUGGACGGCACAGCCUGAAAAAUCAGGAGAGGUUGGUCUGGUUCGACACCUCCUGCUCUUCACAGGACUGUUGGAAACCAGACAUUACCUUCCCUCAGCUUCCGUGAAAUCCCAUUGAGAUGCAGGCUAAAUGAGACUCUGCGGGCACGGUUUUGAAGCGUGUGAAUAGUCACAGGUUUUAAACUGCGUACAUUGAUAAGGCUUUGCUGGAUCGUGUCUUUAAACCAGCGCGAGCAAGAGGAGGAUUUGUGCUAAUUCUGUCAGUCGGGAGUUUGUAACUUUUUGAGAACUACUGAUCUUUUCAAAUCACUACAACGUGUUGAUGUACAGCCUUUUAUCCAUUCAGAGAUUAGACUGUUACGACUACGUGUAUCUGCGUUAGCUUCAAGUAUACAUACAAGAUGAUGCUGUUUAUACCGAACAGCCCAUGUGAGGUCUUAAGCUCCUUUAUUUUCACUUUUGAGGACGUUUACUCCAGAAACGAUCCCUGUUGAUUUACAUGUCCUGGAGAAAUGUAAGGGCUUUCAGCAGGAAGUCAGGCAAUCAGUGUAUUUGAAGUAGGAGGAUUAACAUUCUGUACUAUUUACUGCAGUUAGAUUAAUUCUUGGCUGGGACAUUUUUCCCCUCUUCAACACGGGCCCGUAUGGAGACCGCUGUCUUUGAUAUGCCAGUCCAAAUCCGGAGUUAAGCCCGUUUAAAGCAAUGAUUUCAAACGAACCUUUCAUCAGUUCUUCCCCCAGAUCAUAUUUAAGGAAAUAAUAAAAUUACAAUGUAUUAAGCCUGAGAAAUAUUCUUAAUCCCUUCUUGGUUUUACACUCGUAAUGAGCCUUAGCUUUGCCUUUCACAUGUACUAAAUAAUUUGGGAAAAGAGCUAGGCCACUCAAAUUGCCCACCCGGGUUCCUUAAUGAUUAGGAGUGCGUUUGUGUAGCUGGAAUGAUACUACUCAUGCAGCUCCUUCCUUACCAAAAAAAAAAGAGGAAAAAAAACCCCCAACAUUUUAGCUUGAAAUCAUGGCACAAAAUGGUGAUGUGAUGUUAAUCCAACGCUCAACUCCAAAUGUAACAGAAAGCCUAAAGGCUCUUCUGAUUUCACUACUUGGGGUUUUUGCCCACUGACAUGGUUUGUGGAAGUAACAAAAAGUUUACAUCAUAUGUGAAUAUUCGGUAAAGACUAGCUGAUAAAAAAAUACUCUAUGAUGAUGCAUUCAGGAAAAGAAAUCCAUGUAAAAUAGUUUGUUUUCUAAACCAGAUAAGUUUUUUCUAGAUGCCCUUUUGACAAACAAUUACAAAUGUACUGCAGUGUGUGCAAUAAUCUUAAGAUAAUUUUAAAUACCAUUUGGGGGGGUUUUAUAGAAUUUGACUUUUUUUAAACAAAAUGUACAAAAUCCACAGGAAUUCUGUAGAAUGGUUAUGUUGAUAGAAUUUUUUAUAUUUUUGUAGAAAUCUAUAGAGAAAUUGUUAAAAGUCUGCGUAGCAUCUUGGGAACAGAAGCAGCUCUUAUCUACCGAGUUUCUUUUCAUAAACCUGGAGCUAGACCUACUGUAUUACACCAUGUAUAGCCUAGUUUCAGAGCCUGCAUCCAGGUCGCGUUUAGAAGUAAGCAGCUAAGCUCAAGUUCUACGAUAUUGCAGUGCUAUUACUGUUCGAGAACUGUACCCGUAUAAAACCUCUACCCCCAAAACGCAGCCCCUAUCAAUGGUAAAACAGUCGCAUGGCUAUCCAGUUCAUUCAAGCACACCAGCACUUUACUACUGUGGAUUUACUGUAUACAGGUGGGAGGAGGAUAUUCUAUUAUUGCCAGUCUGACACACGGGGAAAAAGAGAUUGCAGACGUGUCUGGAAAAAUGUAAAUUCCAUUCUUGCAGCCCCUUGCACACAGAACUGACUUUUCAUAGCUCGGUUACAGGCCAUUUAUACUGUAGAUAUUUUGGAGGAGGGCAAAGAAAACACUGUUUUUGACUUCUGUGGAUUGCACUCAGCACAAGGUGUGUUCAAGGUGAAAAAAAAAAGAAAAAAAAAAAAAAAGAAAACAAAUGCAUUACCACUGUAAAUUAGGCUAUGCCCCAGUCUCCCCUUUUCUGCCCCUUUGGCUAUAAUAACCCAUGUACACUAUUACACAAGGUGACUAGAGUAGGCACAGUACCAUUGCAAUGUCCGUAACAACCUAGUAUAUAUUAUAGAACUUUGUAUUUAAUAGUUAAUAUAUUGUUAUACUGUAUCAGGUAUAUAGGCCAAAACGAGGUCUUUUGGUCAGGGCAACAAAAGGUGGUAUUCAUGGGGAAAAUUGGGUUAAAAUGUUCCUUUUUAAAAAAAGAAAAAAAGACAAAAAAUGAGUGUAAAUCUUUACAAAUGACAAAAACA